AAAUCGAAUUUUAAUCAAAAGAUGUAGAGCUGUUUGGAUCAUUCACACAGGAUCCAUGAACAGAAUUUGUGCGAGAUUUUCGCACAUGAACAGAAUCACGCGAAACAGAUGCAUUCAUGCGGCUAGGUUUCAUAUACACAUAUAUAACUCUGCUCAUCAUACAAAGACUAUAUAAUCUUUCCACCGCCGCCGGAUAACUGUGAAGAUGGACGGAGAAGAAAAAAAGCCGGCGGCGGAUAUGAAGAAGAUGGUGGCCGUGGCAGCCAUAGGAGCCGGCGUGGAGUUCGGAUGGGCCAUACAGCUCUCCCUCCUGACGCCCUACGUCCAGCAGCUCGGCGUCCCUCACAAGUGGGCCCCGCUCUUCUGGUUCGCCGGUCCAUUCGCCGGCAUGGUGGUUCAACCCAUCCUCGGCUUCUUCAGCGACCGCUCCUCCUCCCGCUUCGGCCGCCGCCGUCCCUUCCUCGCCGCCUACGUCUCCGUCGUCUCCCUCGCAGCCUUCCUCAUGGCCUUCGCCGCCGAUCUCGGCCACCGCCGCCACAACUCACGUGCGGUGACGAUCUCGAUUUUCGGGAUCGGCGAUUUGCUCCUCGAGUGCGGAAACAUCGCCAUCUACACCCACUGCGCAGCUUUUCUCGGCGACCUGACCGCCGGAAACCCCAAGAGGGCUCGAACCGCAAGCUCUCUAUUCUCGUUCUUCAUGGCGGUGGGCGGCGUAUUAGGUUACGCCGCCGGAUUAUACACCCACCUGUACAAGAUCUUCCCCUUCGCGUUAACAGAUUCCUGCGACAUAUACUGCGCGAAUCUCAAGAGCUGUCUCAUUCUGGCAAUCACGAUCCUGGUCGCCACUUCGGUAUUCACUCUCUGGUACGUCCCGGACAAGGCCACGAACACGACGACGGCGACGACAGAUGGGGCGAGGAAAUUAGGGAUAUGGAGGGAGAUGAAGGAGGUGAAGAGACCGAUGUGGAUGCUGUUGAUGGUGACGUUCAUGAACUGGGCGGCAUGGUUUCCGUUCAUGCUGUAUAACACAGACUGGAUGGGGAGAGAGAUCUACGGAGGCGACGACAAUGGAGGAGGAGAUCAUUCGAAGAAGGUCUACGACGCGGGAGUGCGCAUGGGGGCGUUAGGGUUGAUGCUGAACGCCGUGGUUCAAGGGAUAACGUCGCUGGGGGCGGAAUGGAUGGGGAGGAAGAUGGGGGGAGCGAACAGGCUGUGGGGAGCGGCUAACUUUGGGCUGGGAGUGUGUCUGGGAAUGACGGCUCUUGUUACGAGGCAGCCGGCCCUCACCCAACGCACCACCGGCGCCCUCCUCCUCUUUGCCCUUCUCGGCUUUCCCAUGGCGGUAACCUUCUGCGUUCCUUUUGCAAUGGCUGCAAUAUUGUCCACCGAGCAUGGUGUGGGACAAGCAUUUACGAUGGGACUCGUGAAUUUCGCCAUCCUCAUGCCCCAGAUGGUGAUAUCGGUGGGAGCAGGACCGUUCGACGAAGCAUUCGGAGGAGGGAACCUGCCGGCGUUUGUAGGGGGAGCCAUAUUGGCUCUCAUAAGUGCCGUAAUGGCUUUCUUCCUCCUCCCUUCUUCUUCUUCUUCUUCUUCUUCACCACCACCCUCAGACACAGCCUCUACCGCAUGAUUACAUCACAUUACAUUACCCUGUUAGUGUUCCACACAUUGUUCAUUAUCUUAUCAGAAAUUCCAUGGGAAAAGGUUCCAAGUUUUUCUACAACUUCAGAGAUUUUAUUCCGACCCCGCAUCUCAUCCUGAGAUUUUCACCGCUGCUUUUCCGUAGCCGACUUGAUGAUGUC